AUGGUGUCCAAUAGUUACUCCAGACCACCAGGGGGAGGAUCAUCUCCAAAAGGGGAGAGGUGGAGGGUUGGAUCCAGCUCCGCGGGUUCAAGGAGCAGCUCCUUCAACCGCCGGUACCGCACCCGAGCCCCCACCUCUGAGGUGGACGAGACCCUGUUUGGGGGCGUCACGCCGGAGUCAUCACAGCCAGAAAGACGUGGUCGCUCAGCCCCCGUGACCAGAAAUCCACCCCUGACCAACCAACAAGGAGAGACUAUGCAAAUCGUCACCAAGGACCUCAUCCGCAAUCUCAAAGUCCCCUAUAAAGAUCCUUCUGGAGAGUCCAUCAUCCUACCAGCAGCUGUGUUUGAGCAGAUUACCUCAAGAUCCCAGGUUCUUACCAAGGAGGAGCGAGAGGCGUUGAGGGCAGCUUAUGAGAAGAAAAAAGACGAGGAAAUUAAAGCUGCAGAGGAGAAGAAGCAUCAAAUCUAUGAGGCAGAUCUGGCCCGUAAGAAGAACCCGGCACUGACUGAAUUGGAGAUAGAGGCCCGGGACCGAGCACAGCGUUUGCUGGAACGGGCCAACGCUCUCAGGAUGGAGCAAGAGGAGGAGAUUAAAAAGCUCAACAAGCUGAUUCUGGGCGCUCAAUGCCAAGCAACACGUGACGCCCAGAUUCAAGAGAAGAAACAGAUCCGUACGGAGUUGACAGAGGAGGAGAAGCGUCUGGAUGCCAUGAUGGAGGUGGAGCGCCGCAGGGCCUUGGAGACUGUGGAUCAGAUUGAUGAGCUGCGCAAACAACAGAGGAUCAGUGGAAUGCAGAAAAUUUACAACCAGAUCCAGCAGCGUCUGGAGGAGAAGCAACUGCAAGAUGAGAUGAAAGAACACGAGAAACAUCAGAUUCGAGAGAAACAGGAGAAAAUGAACCUGGAGGACCUCAAGGCCCUGGAGAAGAAGAGGGAGGAGCAACAGCAGCUGCAGCAGGAGAUCAUGCGCAUCAACAAUGAGACUGUGCGGGCCAAGGAGCAGAGGAGAGAGGAGGAGAAGCUGGCUGACAUGAGAGACAUGGAAUACAUCAAAAACAAACUGGAGCGGGAGGCAGAACACGAGGCUCAGCAGAGGCAAAUCAAGAAGGAGAAGGAGUUGGAGAUUGCCAGGCUGAGAGCUAAGCAGGAGAAAGCAAAAGACUACAAGGCAGACCAGGAUGAGCUCCGUGCUCGUAGGAACCAAGAAAUUGCUGACAGAGAAUGGAGGAGAAAAGAGAAGGAGAUGGCUGCCAAGAAGGCACGGGAGGAAGCAAUGCUAAAGGCAGCCCGUUUGGAGCAGCUUCGCUGCAAAGAGCACUGCCUGUCCAUUGAAGCUGGCCGAGAGAGGGCUGAGUUUGAGAGGGUGCUGAAGGUGCAGGAGGAGGCGAUCAUCAAACAGAAGGAGGAGGAGCAAAAGCUGCGUCAGAAGGCGCUCCGCCACUCAGAGGCCAUCAGGCAGCAGGUGAAGGAACGUGAACUCACAGCAGUAGCCAAGCGCAGAGAGAUCUUCAAGGAGACUGAUCAGCUGAGUGAGGAGGCCCGGCAGAGACGUAUGCGCCUCGAUGAGAUCAAAGAGAAGAAGCUCAACGAGCUCAAGGCUACAGGGCUCUCUGAUAAAUACUGCAGUGAAGUGGAGAGGAAGGCCCGCGCUCUCUGAUCCCCCCACAACUGGAUUCAACCUUCGUUCACCUUCAUCUGCACCUCCACUGGACCUUUUACAGGGUCUCUUUAAAAAAGGAGGAGCAUGUUUCAAAUGUUAA